UGCUGCUCCUCCCGCCCCGGUGCGAAGGGCUUUUGCUGCUUUUCCCUUCUCUCUCCUCCCCGUCUCCUCGGCGGAGCGCGGUGCCGGGAAGCGCAGGCAGAGGCGCGGGGAUGGGGCGGCCGCCGGCGCCCGACCCGCCCGCCCGCUCCGGCCGCCCGCCGCCGCGUCCCCUCCCCGGCCGGCGGGAGGCGGCGGCUCUCCCAUGCCGCCCGCCUCGCCCCCUGCUCUGAAUCUCUGCCCAUCGGCCGAUCUGGGGAGAAACGGGGACGGGGUACGUCCCCUCGCACUUUUUUUUUUUCACCCACUUCUUUUUUUCUACCCUUUUUUGCCUUCCCUCGGUUACGCCCCCCCUCUCCCCAGCCCGUUUCUCUUCCAUCGGGGCUCUUCGGCGGCCAUGCGGCCGGUCCCGGGCGAGCGGCUCUAACUCGUCUCUUCGCCCGGAUGGCCCCCCAGAGCCGCGGGCGGAUGGAGCCGAGCUACGUUGUGGGUAUCUGCUGCCUGGUGCUGCUGGAGCCGGCCCGGGUGUGGAGCGGCGAGCCCAGCACCGGGGGUACCGGGGAGAGCGGGAACAGCAGCCAGGCACCGCCGCCGGAGACCACGGUUCCCGCGCCCACCGGAGCGGCACCACCGGGGGGGGACCGCUGCCGCGGGUACUACGACGUGAUGGGGCAGUGGGACCCACCGUUCAACUGCAACGCCGGCAUCUACCAGUACUGCUGCGGGACCUGCGGGUACCGCUUCUGCUGCCAGUUCAAGCCCGGGCGGCUGGACCAGAGCGGCUGCUCCAACUACGACACCCCCAACUGGGUCAACACGGGCCAGCCGCCUGCCCGGGUGGACGAGACCCCCGAGGACCCCACUCGUGACAAGACCAACAUGAUCGUCUACAUCAUCUGCGGUGUGGUGGCCAUCAUGGUGCUGGUGGGCAUCUUCACCAAGCUGGGCCUGGAGAAGGCACAGGGUCCCCAGACAGAAAUGACCGUCUCCAGGACACUGACAGAUCUGCUGAAGCAGCCAGGACACAGCCCCUCUGAGAACAUGGACAGCCUCAUGGGGGGUGUGCAGGUCCCACUGGGCGAGGGGCUGGCCCGGGGGCCCCCCAGAAACAGCACAGACAAGCCACCUUUGAACAACGCAGUGGCCAUUGCCCCCUCAGUGGGGCGCGCCCACAGCCACGGCAAGCGCCUGCCACUGGCCAGCAGCCUUGCCCUGUCAGCCCCGGACUACACUUCCUACACCACCCUCAAGGUUGGAGAGCACACCACCGAGGACUUCUACAGGCGGUUCGGGGGGCUGGAGCCACCCCCCGCCAGCACACUGACCUUCCCAGCCGAGACCCCGGUGCUGGCCGAGGGCUGCCCCCUGCCCAAGGCCAAGGGCCCCAAGGUACCGGGGGCUCUGGCAUUCCCAGGGGGCUGGGAGGGGGGCCCCCACCUCGGCCCCCGCCGGCCGGGCCUGGCCCCUCUGCGCUCUGAGGGGCCCCCCGAGGCCUUCGGCCCCUCCGCCUCGCUGUACGGGCAGCACCCCCGGCACCUCGCCACCAACAGCAAGACCGAGGUCACCGUCUGA